GGCCUCAGCCGCGCUAAGAUGGCGACUCCCAUGCAUCGCCUCAUAGCCCGGAGACAAGCUGAAGCAAAUAAACAACAUGUAAGAUGUCAGAAAUGCUUGGAAUUUGGGCAUUGGACUUAUGAAUGCACAGGAAAAAGAAAGUACCUACAUAGGCCUUCAAGAACAGCAGAACUAAAGAAAGCUUUAAAAGAAAAAGAAAACAGAUUAUUAUUACAGCAAAGCAUUGGAGAAACUAAUGUAGAAAGAAAGACCAAGAAAAAAAGGUCUAAGAGUGUAACUAGUUCCAGUAGCAAUAGCAGUGACAGUUCAGCCAGUGAUUCUUCGUCAGAGAGUGAAGAGACCUCUACCUCAUCCUCCUCAGAGGACAGUGACUCUGAUGAAAGCUCCUCCAGUUCAUCAUCUUCAGCUUCCUCCACAAGCUCUUCCUCGUCCUCCGAUUCAGACUCAGAUUCCAGCUCUUCCAGUAGCAGCAGCAGCAGCACAAAUAGUAGCUCUGAGGAUGAACCACCAAAGAAGAAGAAAAAGAAAUAGAAUUGUUGCACCCAUGUUGGACUGAUGGACUAAAAACAUUAAUGCAAUUCUCAGAAGGGAAUUUAGAAUGUGUUAAGACCAAAUAGGUUAACUGAUGAAAAUUUUUAGAGUUCAAAAGUUUCUAAAUGUUUUACAUUGUAAGAGCAUAAAGAGUAUUAAUAAUGGAUUAUAUAUAUAAAGACUUUUUUAUUUUAGGGGUGAAUCUUGGUUUUUUUUAUCUUUAAAAUAUAUCUCUAAAAUUAAUCAAAGCUGAAAUCUAGUAAAUCUUUUUGUGAUGAAACCUGUCUUUUCUCCCUGUGAAAUAAAUGCCAUACUUUGUUACAUGUUAGUGCUAUGUAUCAGACAUGUUUUCAGGAUAAUGCAUCAGAAUAUCUAUCUGGCAGUGAAUUUCUAAUGCUUUUGGCUGUAUGUUACUAUGUAAGAUUUAAUACCUCUAUAAGCUUAGAGUUUUCCUACUGUUAAUAAAUGUGCUCUAUUUUUA